GCCUGCCUGCUGAAGGAUUUUUCUGUGUGCUGAGAACAUUGUACAAUAAGAUUUUACCACUUGCUAGUAAUUAAAACUUCACCAUUUCAUUUCAAUUUAUCUCUUUCUUCUCCUUCUGCUUCUCCAACUCAUCUCUCUCAGAAGACAUUUAGUAUUAGAAACUUUUGUACUAAGAGCCAAUGUAGGACUGAGGAAUGUGCUCGUCACCCACAACUAGUUUAGUUCAUCAUCUUUAACUGUUGAUAUCUCUAAAAAAUCCUGCUUUUAAUUACAUGAGAUGUAUAAGAACCAGCUGCAAGAGCUUGCACAGAGAAGCUGUUUCAACUUACCUUCCUAUGCGUGCACCAGAGAAGGACCGGAUCAUGCUCCGCGAUUCAAAGCUUCCGUCAACUUUAACCGCGAGAUCUUCGAAAGCGCGGCCUACUGCACCACAGUGAGACAGGCGGAGCAUGCAGCCGCAGAAGUUGCUCUCAAUAAGCUCUCCACCAGAGGCCCUUCCAGGUCUCUCACUGCCAGAGUUCUUGAUGAAACUGGAAUUUACAAAAACCUCCUCCAAGAAACAGCUCACAGAGCUGGGCUGAAGCUCCCUGUAUACACCACUGUACGAUCAGGUCCCGGCCAUGUCCCGGUUUUCACGUGUACCGUGGAGCUUGCCGGAAUGAAUUUUACCGGCGAGCCGGCCAAAACCAAGAAGCAAGCAGAGAAGAAUGCUGCAAUUGCAGCCUGGUCUGCCUUGAAAACAAACCUGGGUUUUUCCACAAAUAAAGAAGCAGAAGAAGAGCAGGCGGUUGUGACAAGGUUGCUCUCAAAUUUUAAACCCAGAGAUGAUAACAACAAUAAUAAUAGCAACCAAUUUAUGAGGAGGAUGGAUCCAUUUCAAGCAAGGCGAAGAAUGGUGAGAUCGUCAUCGUCGUUGUCAUCGUCAUCAUCUUCAUCCAGUAGUAUUACUAGCUUUCUACAGAAUCAAAACUCGAGGCUGGUAGAUCUGUUAACAGAUUUGGUUCCACAAGUUUCAACAGUUCAAAAGCAGAACACUUUAGCAUCUCUUCUUCCUCCACCUCCCCCUCGAACCACCUCGAAGAUUUUGCCACCAUCUACAAUGCUCAACAAAGACAAGUCCGCUUCCCAUCCGCCAUUAUCCGAUUAUAGGCCAAUCCCAGUACAAGUGAGUGUGAGGGAAGGUUCAAAAGUUAUACCACCUCCAUUAGAACAGCACCAAAGGGACGAGGAAGAAUGGCUUGGUAUUGUAAAGGAGGGUCCUAGCGGUUCAAAUUCAAGUGGUAUAUUUGGUUCAUCAGGUUCUGCAUACAGGCAAUUUCCUGUGUCUAAUGCCGGAAAGUAUGGCGCUUUUGAAUUGUCCGGUCCAAUUAAGGCCGCGCCUGGUGUCAAGAUUUCAAAAAGACAGACUAGUGGAUUCUACAUGUAUAGUGGAGGGUUAAGUCCUCACAAGAAUUUUGCACCUCCAGUUCAAAUGAGAUCGGUGAUCCCAGUUUGUGCAGCACCACCGGCACCAGUGAGACCUUCCAUACCAACAAAAGUGAUGGCAAUGAAAGGCAUUUCUUCAGAAGCAGAAGCAGAAGCAGGCUUAAGUUUAAGUGAUUCUACCAAUUCAUCAUUAUGGGGCAGCUCAAGGUGGAAGAUGCCCGAGUCAAGUUCAAGUUCAACUCAGCAGCUGGGUUCCGAUUUCAACAAGCUGCAGUUAGGAGGAGGCAACAAAGACAUUAGCAUUGUGGACUGGCCACACAGAGAGAGAGAGAGAGAGAGAGAGAGCAAUAAAUGAGCGAUGGAAGAGGUGGGUUGCAGUUGCAGAGGAUAAGAGAUAGGGAGAGAGCGGGAAAGAGAGGGGGUUUGGGAGAGCAAUGAAGGCAGGCUGAAGAGGGACAACAGACACUGUAGCGAUUAACGCAGGCAAUUAAUAUACUCUCUCAGAUAUUUAAUGCUUCUGUCGUUGCCAUUAAUGCUCCUUUCUUCUUCCUCUACUUCUCAGUCCCCUCCUCAGAGAGAGAGGCAGACAGCUUUUUCUUCGUCUUAUCUUCUUCUUCCCCUAAUCGGCUAUUCCUAUUGUUUGUUUUAUAGCCUCUCCACUUUAUAAGUUACAGAUUCAAUGUCUCGUCUUGAUUCAAUUCUUUACAUGUCAAUGUACUAUUGGAUCAGGCCGUUACAUAGAACGGAUUCACCGUCAUGGUUUUUAUGCCUAUGCCCCUCAAUAUUUUAUAAUAAUGUGUGGACUUAGAUUAGAGGGUAACAAUAUUUUGAAUGAAUGAGAGAGUUGUAGCCGUUGUGUUGUGAUGAGGUGGUGGGAGUACAGCUGCAAAUGCCGUUCCUUCAAAUCUGUAAGAGCUCUUACCAAAAUCGAAGCCUAAGUAUUUA